CAUGGAUAAACAUUUAUCCGAAGAUCUGACAGUAUGUGGACGCGAACCGCAGAUUAAAACUCUGAAAAGUUUACUAAGGAGAGAUAUAGCUUGCUGCUCUAACGUAUUUAUUUUCGGAUCCCCUGGCUCAGGAAAAACAUAUACACUAGAUAAAUUCUUUAAUCAUUAUAAAAUACGUCGUUUGCUUAUAAACUGUAUCGAGCUGUAUAAUUCCCGAUUAAUAUACGAAUUUAUCAUUUCAACAUUAACCGACACUGAGAAAGUAUCUGUCAAAAAUGAAAAUGAAUUUAUUCAUAAACUUCAGACCUCGUUAAGCGACAAAGAAGAAGCUAUAUAUUUUGUCUUUGACAAGGCUGAUCGUCUAAGAAGUCUUGAACCUAGGGUUUUAUUAAAUUUUAUAAAACUUAGAGAAUUAGCAGAAUGUAAUAUUAGUUGCGUUUUUGUUACCCAAAAACUCUGGCAAGAAUUCCAAACUGAUCUGGGGCUUCCACGUCCUAUUCUGAUACGAUUUCCUAUCUAUACUAAAUUCGAAUUAUUAGCUAUAAUGACUGAGGAUGUUCCAGAUAAAUGCAGCCCGGCUCUCUACAAAACUUAUUGCUCUCUUUUGUUUAACAUUUUUCACAAAGCUUGCAAUAAUUUGAUGGAAUUGCGACACCAAGCUGUUUUAAACUUUCCUAAAUUUUAUCAACCGAUCUUAGAUGGGGAAGCAACUGAAAAUCAGGUUGGAAAAUUGUGGAAAAAUGUUCAAGGUCAUUUAAAAGAGGCCCUUAGAACUCUGUACUUAAGAGAAAUUUCAAGUUCAAAGUGGCAACGUCUGCAAGAACAUUGCUUAGCCGAAGGGAAGGAAGUGAAAAUUCAAUCUAGUAAACAAUCAAGCUCGAGAGUAAACGCAGAACUGCCUCUCUUCUCAAAAUAUUUACUUAUUGCAGCUUUCAUAGCCUCUCAUAAUUCAGCGAAAACUGAUGGAAGACUCUUUCAAAAGAAAUCUGCAAAGAUAAGCAAAAAAAGACAACUGGUAGGGGAAAAGAAAAAAAACGAAAGGAACAGUACAUGGCUUCUUGGCCCGAAAACAUUUACGCUUAAUAGGUUACUUGAUAUAUUUACUUUUAUCGUGGAAGAAAAUUUAGAAUCUAUAAAUCUAAAUACAAGCAUAUUUAAUCAAAUUACGUCUUUAGUUUCUAUGGGUUUGCUAUGUCAGACUAAUGCAAGCGACUGCAUCGACAAUCCCAGGUAUAAGUGCUUAGUUAAUUUAAGUUUUCUAGAAGGGAUUUCCAAAUCAAUCGAUUUUGAAGUAAAGAAGUAUUUAUUGGAUUUUAUUGAAAUAAACUAA